AUGGUCACGAGCAAUGGUGUUCGGGUCUUUCUUAGGCGCCGUAACACUGACAACACCCCGGGCGUCCAGAUUGCAGAACACGACAAUGAACAUCUUAUACCGGUAUAUGAUGGUUUUUGUGAACUUGGAACAAGCUGCCUUACCGCCGAGACUCCAGGCCAGAGGUUCACAGUCAAUGUCAGCAUCCCUAGAGACUUUGACCUCCGUGAUGCGGACGGGGUGAAGCUUGCUACCGCUAUCGGAUCAAGCGAUCAGAUGGCCCAUACCAUGACAAACGUUCAGGCAUGGUUUCUGUCGGGUCUAGCAAUCCGCCGGCAGGAGGGAAGCGCAAUACAAUUGCCGUUCUUCUUGAAUUGGGACGCGCACGGCCGGCGCACGAGAGACAAGGACUACCGGAUGCCGAAAUGUGCUCGUGGAGGCCCGCCACUAGCUCUAUAUGAGUUGAGACCGUCGUGGAACGCCCACGUCGGUGCCGUCACGGUUUUCCUUCAGCGAGUCGACAUCAGAAAGUCUCGGGGUCCGCUUGAGCCCAGCAGGACUGUGCCUCCGGCGUUUGAAAGGUAG